CUUGGUCAACACCCACCCAGUGCAUUCACUGCGGCUCAAACAGGCAGCCCAAUCACAGGGAACCGGUGCUAAGCUGAACCAGAGGAGGGCUGUGAUUUUUUCUUUUUUUUUUUUCCUUUUAGCACGGUGCUGUGUUGCAUUUCAAAUUCCCAGUCUGCACAAAAGAGGCUGAAAAGGAGGAGGAGGAGGAGGAGGUAGAGUAGAGGAGAGGAGAGGGGAGGGCAGCCCUUCUCAAGACAGCAGCGUAUUUCCCCUCAGUUGUAGCAAAAGAGGAGAGGAGGAGGAUGCAGGCAUAAAGAGGAGGAAUAGCAUCACCCUUUUCUAACACCUGCUGGAAGCUGGGCCCCCGUCUCGGCCUUUUGUUUUGAUGCUCUGAGGCCUUUCGCCGGCUCCCGGAAACAACCAGCUGCUGCUGCUGCGCCUUUUUCUUUUUUUUUUUUUUCUUUUUUUUAUUCUUCCCCUCCUCGGUGGUGUUGGUUUUGCCUGGCAUAAGCUGAGUCAUCAUGUCUGACCUGACGCCUCAGAGCGAAACCCCGACCCCCACCACAGACAAGAUCACCCAGGCCGCCCGGGAGACCAUUUAUCUCUGCAACUUUCGCGUGUCCGUCGACGGCGAGUGGCUCUGCCUCCGCGAGCUCAACGACAUCUCCCUCACCCCGGACCCAGAGCCGGCCCAUGAAGAUCCCAAGGACCCGAUUGCGAUCGAAAGGCUGAACUUGAUGAACAUGGCCAAGCUGAGCAUCAAGGGCCUGAUCGAGUCUGCUCUGAACCUCGGACGCACACUCGACUCUGACUACGCACCUCUGCAGCAGUUCUUCGUUGUGAUGGAGCACUGUCUGAAACACGGAUUGAAAACUAAGAAGACCUUCCUGGGCCAGAACAAGUCGUUCUGGGGGGCGUUGGAGCUGGUGGAGAAGCUGACGCCCGAGGCAGGAGAGAUCACUGCUAGUGUAAAAGACCUGCCAGGCCUCAAAACUCCUCUAGGAAGAGGUCGUGCCUGGUUACGACUGGCAUUGAUGCAGAAGAAGCUCUCUGACUACAUGAAGACCAUCAUCAACAGAAAGGACCUGCUCAGUGAAUUCUACGAGCCCAACGCGUUGAUGAUGGAGGAGGAGGGCGCCGUCAUCGCCGGGCUGCUCGUCGGACUCAACGUCAUCGACGCCAAUCUGUGCAUGAAGGGAGAGGACCUGGACUCACAGGUCGGGGUCAUUGAUUUCUCCAUGUACCUCAAAGACGGCGGACACAGUAGCAAGAGCGCAGAGGGCGACGGUCAGAUCACGGCGAUCCUCGAUCAGAAGAACUACGUGGAGGAGCUGAACAGACAUUUAAGCGCGUCAGUAAACAACCUCCAGGCCAAAGUGGACGCUCUGGAAAAGUCCAACACGAAGCUGACAGAAGAGCUCGCGGUGGCAAACAACAGGAUCAUUACUUUACAGGAAGAUGUAGAGAGAGUAAAGGAAGAGAGCUCAUAUCAGCUGGAGUCCAGGAAGGCAACGAGAAGUGAAUCAGCAGCAGACGGACAAACGCUGGGUGAAACACGCAAGCAGCUCAAAGAGGAAACUCUGCUCCGACUGGAUGUGGAGAAGGAGCUGGAGGUGCAGAUCGGGAUGAAGCAGGAGAUGGAGCUGUCCAUGAAGAUGCUGGAGAAGGACAUCUGUGAGAAGCAGGACGCGCUGGUGGAGCUCAGACAGCAGCUGGAAGACCUUCGUACCAUCAACCAACAGCUCAGCCACAAGUCACAGAGUGCAGACGCCGGCUCUAAACAGAAGACUGAAGUCAUCACUCGCCUGGAGGAGAAGAUAAACCAGAUGUCGGGGACUGUGAAGCAGCUGGAGAGCAGAUGCAAACAGGCUGAGAAGGAGAGAGACCUGGCGCUGGAGGCGAACCGGCUCUUCAAACAGGAGUUUGGAGACAAGAUCGAGAGUCUGCAGGAGGAGGUGGAGCAGCUGAGGAAGCACAGGUCUAAUCUGGAGCAGGAGCUGAGACGAGAGCGAAGGAGCGAGCACCACCUCAGCGCUGCACCCAGACAACCCGGUACUCCCCGGAGGGAGAGGGGGCCCCCGGAGAGCACGCCUAAACAGCAUCUCUCAGAAUCCCCUUCAGUCAAAAGAGAGAGUGAACAGGACGACAAAAGCAGCCUGAGCUCCAGCUUGUCUUUGUCUCAUCACGAGGAUGAGCAGGAUGAGUCGUUCUUGGAGAUCAGCCAGCCUUCCAUGUGCACGAUGUGUGAGCAGGACGACUCCCUCCUGAAGACAAAGAAACAGUGUAAGAACUGCGGCGGCGUUUUCUGCGAGACCUGCGUGUCCAACGAGCUGCCGCUGCCCUCCUCCAUUCUCCCGGAGACGGUUUGCACGGCCUGCUACUCGCAGUUACUCCAGCAGUACGCUUCAACGCCGACAUGAACAGACACACUGAACCCAGAGGGAUUGAUCUGUAACUGCAGACAAAAAAAAAAAGCACUUUUUUCGACUUAAGGCUCGAUCAUGAAAGAUCCUACGUGUCCUGAGCUCCGUGGAAUGUUAUAAUCAUUAAUAUUUAGUCAGCAGAGCCCAUAUACGUGCCAUUGAAAGCCGUGUGUAUGCAGGUUUUCAUUACAAUUAAAAGCCACUCAAGCCGUUUAUCUCUUUUCUGGUUCCGUUUCUUGGUGGAUUUGGCUGCUGUGGUCAUUUUAAAGUGAAAACCUGCACACCUGGGGUAAAAAAAAAACAAAAAAACAAGGCAUCAGGCUGAAUGUAGGGAAAUAACUUUAAUCAUCUCAUUUGUUCAGACUUUUUCCUUAAUGUCCUCUGAGGUGAGUGGACACAUUUUUAACCUCAGUUUUAAAACCUCUCACUAUGUUGAUCUUUCACAGAUCUGGGUAUUACCUGUAUUAAUUAUUUUAAUCACGUCAAACUGAUCAACACAGACACCUUUGACCAAAACCCUGUCAUGCUGAUAUUUAUGGAGAUUCACAGCUUUUACUGCAACAUUCAGUAAAUGAAAACUGACAUCAUAAAAAUUGCACAGAAGAGAAUUUAAAAAGACAAAUACAGAUGCAUGUGCUAUAUAUCUGAAGCUCUUAUCACAGUAUUGAUUCAUAUUUGAUGGAUGUGUCAUCCAGCUGUGUGGUCACGUGGUAUAGAAAGGAAUAGUUCCAACACUCAUGAUUUUGUGCUUUCUUUUAAGAAGUAGCUUAACUUAGCAUACACACUGGAAACGACUUUGGCUACAGCACAUUUAAAGCUUUACCUCUUAACGCAAAAACCAAAGUAUUUUUUUUCUUAUCUCGAUUAUAUUAUUGUGGAUUAUGUCAGAAAAUGUCUUAUAGCUAAAUACUUUUGGCAUUUUAUCCAGAAUACCUGGUUAUUUACAAUUUUACUGUGUGUAAUAAACUUCCGGGAGAGACGCAAGUGAAAUAACCGUAAAGCGCAACGUCUUAGUUUACAACACUUUACGGCAAUUCAAAGCUUACCGUAAAAGACACAUUCGGAUUUAAAGGGUAAAUAAUAAUAAUAAAUAUAUUUUGACUUGCUUUAACCGAUACAGUAAUGAAUGUGUGUGAAGUACAAUGUUUUUUUUUGUUUUUUGUUUUUUUUAACAUUUCUUGAACGUGCCAAGCAAACCGCCUCCGUCGUCUCCACUAAGUAUGCUAAGCUAAGCUAAGCUAAUUUAGCAAACACGUGCAUCUGAGGAAAGCAAAGCGACACAUUUUUACUAAUUAAUUAUCAAACUAUUUACAGUUUAUAAAGCUUGAAUGUCGGACGGAGUGUAGUAUAUUUUUCGUAUUAGAAGUGGCAUUAAUAAAAUCUCAAAGUCAUCUCACACUAACUGUUACUAAUUAGUCCCAUCAGGUUUUUUUUCAUCCAGAUAUUUAGAUCCUGGUCUUUGCUUUGAAGAACACAUGGUCGUGGUAAUACUGCUGCACUUUUAAAUGCACGGCUCUCUGGCCUGGCUGGUUUGAAGUGGACAUAUCAUCUUUAUGACUGCUAUAUCUUUAUGUGCUGUACGUGGUUGUAUGCGGCUAAGUAACGUGAGAUGGAACUGCUUCUUAGAUCAAUAAUAAACUUUUAGCAGAUUG